CAAAAAGAGGAGCGAAACAUGAGAGUCGAGCGGAGAUGCGAGGAGAGCAGCACUCACAGCCAUCCCAGUGAGCCGCAUCCACACAGCCAGUCGGGGAGGACACAUCGCAUCCCAGCGCCGUUCCAAAGCCUUGUCCCCUGGUCCCAGCCCCGAGCAGAUGAGCCCACCUCACCUGAGGUCCCUCAGUCCAGGUCAACUGGGAUCCCUCAGCCCUGCUCAUCUGAGAUCCCUCAGCCCACCUCACCUGGGAUCCCUCAGCCCUGCUCUUCUGGGAUCCCUCAGCCCUGCUCACCUGAGAUCCCUCAGACCACCUCACCUGGGAUCCCUCAGCCCUGCUCACCUGAGAUCCCUCAGAGCACCUCACCUGGGAUCCCUCAGCCCUGCUCACCUGAGGUCCCUCAGCCCACCUCACCUGGGAUCCCUCAGCCCUGCUCACCUGAGAUCCCUCAGACCACUUGACCUGGGAUCCCUCAACCGUGCUCACCUGGGAUCCAUCAGCCCUGUUCAUCUGAGAUCCCUCAGCCCACCUCACCUGGAAUCCAUCAGCCCUGCUCAUCGGAGGUCCCUCAGUCCACCUCACCUGGGAUCCCUCAGACCACCUCACCUGGGAUCCCUCAGCCCACCUCACCUGAGGUCCUUCAGACCACCUCACCUGGGAUCCGUCAGCCCGGCUUAGUGUCUCCUCCGCUCUCCUA